AAAAUGUCUAUGGUACCUAUAGAUUGUAGCCUGUCUGAUUGAUAGGUGAUAUCUGUCAAUUUUUCAAUCUUCCAUUCAUAUUUAAUCGUUCUUUCAGUCCAAGAAAAUUGUGAUGAGUAUUUUUGAUUUUAGGAUUUUUAUAAACUAAUUAUUAUUGUAUGAAUACAGUAUAAUGAAUAAGCUAAUAUAAAGACAAAUCGGACUUUCUAUUUCAUUGUGAGCGAUUAUCGUUGUCAAGAUGGCCCGGAUGACCCGCGUAGACGAUCCGCGGAAUGUUGAUUCAGAGAUGGAAGAAGGAGAAAUAGUGGACGAUUUAGAUUACCUUUCAGAUAUAUCUUCGGAAGAAGAGUUUUUGCUACGUCAAAGGUUACAAGUGCUAGAGAAUUAUAACAAUGUCCUUGAGCGAAAAAAGGCGAAACGGUCACUGGAACCAGGUACCAAGCAAAAGAAAGCAAAUGCAUUCCUGCCAGAUCUGUCGGAAAUUUCUGCAACAGAAUUGGAAGAAAAUUACAAUUUAUCCUAUAGUGUUACUAAAUCUUACAAACAUGUCAAAACACAUCAUAAGCAAAGGCGGAAAAAAGAUCAUGUUGCAAGAGCUCUUGCAAAAGGACAUAACAUAAUCAAAGAUGGGAAAAAGAAAACUCAUAGGAACAGAAAGAAGAUUGCAGAUUCAUCUGAUUCCAGUGAUGAGACUGGUAGUGAGUACAGGAAUAAAAGAAGAAAACUGGCAAAUGCAGUUAUUGUGAAUAAAGAGAAAGUCGAUAAAACAUCUUUAAGUGCUAGAUUAAAAACCAUGCUUGGUUCAACACAAGACUCUAUACAUGAAAAAAGUGCCAUUACACAGAAAAAAGAGGCUGAAACAGAAAAUAAUGUUAUUCAAGAAAACAAUAAUGUUAUUGAUUCAAUUUUGUCUCCAGUUUCAUCUAAAAAUGAUGAAGAGUUCUUAGUUCCUGCAGAAGUUAAAGAUAAAUUAUGUGAUAAAAAUAUUGAAAGCAUAUCCAACAACUGCGAAUUAAUAGACCUAUGUAGUGAUGACGAUAAGAUAGCUCAUAAUAAAGAUUGUUUUAAUUCUAUAGUUUGUUCAAAUAAUCAAGGAAUUGAUGAAAAGCUGGAAGAUGAAAAUAUAAAUGCAAGUAAUACAGUUACUAAAAAAACUCUCGGAAAACGAAAUAGUACUUCAGAAAAAGAUUCUGAUGAUGACUUGGAACUACUCAGACAAAAUGCUCUACAAACUAAACCUUUAAAAGCUAAAACAGCGAUUGAAACUGAAAAUAAAACAUUAUCAGAAGAUGAAGACAGUGAUACAGCAGAGCUGAGGUUAAUUUGUUUAAAGUCAGCACUGCUUAAGAAAGCUAUUGAAAUGAAACAAAAAAAAAGAUUGCAGAAAAAGCUUUCACAGUCCAAUCUACAGGAUGAUUUUUUAAAUGAACAACAUAUGUUUCCAAGUAAAAUUAAUUCUGAUAAUAAUACUGAUAUUGAAUCCGUUGAUAUGGAUAUUGGUUCAGACGGAGAUGACAAGAAUAAAGAGACUGAAAAAAAUGGUAUUAAAAAUAGUGAUAUUGAACAAAAUUCUAAUCAGGAAAACAACGAAAACAACAUUAAAGAUAAUCCAAAAAUUAACUUACCCAAAGAAGACGAUUUUGAUGAGGACGAAGACUUAUUACGAGCGAAAUUACUUACAUCACUUAGUAAAAAUCUACCUAAUCUUGUCAAUUCCUCUAUACUAGAUGCUAUUCCAAAUUUCACUCCAGAAAAAACUGCACCAAUAAUUAAUCGUGUUAUAAAAAAAGUACCUGAAGAAAAAAGGUUUAUAAUUAAGCUUGGUGAAUCAGAUUCGGAAGGUGAACAUGAGGCUACAAAAAAUUUAACCAAAAUGCACAUGAAAUUAUCAGAAAAUUUAGAUUUCCAACAAAAAUUAGAUAGCUUUCUUAAAACAACUCGUAUGCAAGUGGAGAAAUCUAGUCUCCCAGAUGUUAUACAAGAAAACACAGCCCCAAAGAAAACUGAAAAAUAUGUUGCUAAGGCUGUAAAGCAUCUACCAAAGCCUGAACAGAUUGAAUAUAAAAAUUUGGUGAGGAGAAUGGCCGAGUUGGAAAAGAUAAAGCAAACUCGACAGGUUAUUAUUCACAUACACAAAUCAGUCCCUCCUAAAGACACACUGAAGCCAAGGAAUAUUUCGUUGGAGUCACAAAAAACAGUACCUGCUGAUGUAUUAGAAGAACAGAUUGCUAUGUCAAGGAAAAAAAUCGCAGAAGAGUCGGCUAAAAUGUUAAAAUUAAAGGAAGAAGCGACUAAGUUAUCACAAAAAUACAAAAUUGUUGCCACAGAGCUGCGUAACAUCGCAACUGCCAUUACAUUAAAUAAAAAACAGCAGAAAUUUGUCCAAAAUGGUUUGAACAAAAUAAGAUUGCAGCAUCAGACACUACUUAGAAGUAACACAAUAACAAAACAUUCCCAAGGAAAUAUUCAUUUCACAUCUUUGAAUAAAAUUAAUAAAAAAAUAGUUCCUCCUAUGAAAUUGCAAAAAGAAAAUGAUCCUCACAAAGAAGAUCAUAAGAAUCAACAUGCGACUCGACUAGUAAAAAUAGCUACAGCUGAAGUUAAAGAUGACAUCCAUGUUCCAAGUCCUAGAAUAUCCAUCCAAGUUGAUGUGGCUAGUAAUAAAAAAAUUGUGAAGUUGCCAAAAAGUCCAGAUAAGGAAAGACAUAUUGAUUUAAAAAGAAGUCACGUAGAAACAGAACCAGUUAUAGUUGAACACAUACACACACAGAAUGAUAUAAGGAACGAAGUCAGUCAUCCAGUAGUGGAGAAAGGUGGAGGAUACCCAAAUUUUCCAUUAUGCGAUCAUUCUACCAAAAGGCGGAAAAGUCUCGACGACUAUAAAUCUCCACUUCAAUCUUUAGAGUCAUCGAGGUGCAUCCAUAGAAAAACAUGCCAUUGUGCAUGUUACAAUUACCAUAAGUAUAUAUGAGAUAUGGCUGGCCGUAUGCGUACCCAUCGCCGUGCAGCACUGCGAUGUAAGUAUGCAUUGAAACGGUCCACGUACAUUGUAGGGCGAGUUAGUAAUGCGUGUGAAAAUGUUUACAGCUGGCGAGCGGAUCCCAACGCGAUCCUCUGCCCUUUCGAGGUCGGCGGCGAGUGCAAGGACACCGACUGCAAAUACCUUCACACAAACAUUAUCACACAAUGACGCUACACGCACUCACACUCGUACACAAACACACUGCAAUACACACGCAAGUAAUCGUACAUACAUACAUGAAGAUUCAUUCCCCUUCCCCUAUCCCCCUUACGACGGCUAAACGGAAACUGCAGUCACGUGUAAAGUAUACCUGUAAUUCUUUCAUACCUAUCUUCUUUUAUUUACCAUUAUUAUUUUAGAUUUGCAUUAUACACUUUAUUUUUAUAUUAAAAUUAAAAAUGUACAUGAUUUGAAAAUUAAUUCAUGUUUAUAGUUUAUCCGUUAUGAAUAUUAUUUCAAUGUAGAUAUAAAAAAAAUGGUAAAUAUGGUCUUUACAACGUCACGCACUAUUUACAAACUAAAUAUCGACAUUGGCUAAAGUUUGAUAUACGUAAUAACACCCGUUCCAUUGAAGAAACGAAUUGAGAAUGGCGGCUAGUAAUUGCAUUGACAGUAUGUAAUGGUUACAACAAAAAAAUAAUAAUGAAUGUGGAAAAAAAAAUAACACUCCGUGUCGUUGUAUUGUGAUUGGUGGAAAGACUAACACGUGACUGACGUAUCAGUCUCUCGACCAAUCACAAACGUCAAAAUUAAACGACAUUGAGUUAACGAGUCGCGCUUUUUUGGGACAUUUUAAGGGGUCAGGAUAUAUAUUUUUUCAUAUAAAAACUAACUUUAAUGCUUGUCUACUGAAUAUUGAAUUGAGCUAUAUAAUAGUUAAUACAAAUUGUUCGAUACUACCAUACGAUUCCGGCCUAAAGAGAUAAAUGUGUCGGCUUUUUUGUACAUUUAUCAUAUUUGUAUAAUUUUUUGUCGUUUAUGUAAAUAUCUUUUGUAGUAAUGUUUUCUGUGUAUGUUGUGUAUAAUUAAUUGUGUCGUUGAAAUAAUAAUCCUGCAAUUUUAGUUGGUGCUGGUCCCGAAGCAGCUAUUCAUCGGCGGCAGUGGUAAGUUGCGAGUAACUUUAUAAUAGUGCAUUUGUAGUGUGCUCCAAUAAAACUAUAAUAUUUUGAAACGUCGAGACUGCAAAUGGUUCAGUGUUGUGCGUUAUAUGGAAAAUAUUUUAUUAUGAUACAUGAACGUUGUAAAAAGUUAUAAAAAAUGUAAAAAGUUUCAAAUAAACCAUUGAAAUGUAA